AUGUUCACUGGGUCAAAUAACAUCAAUAUCAACGGUCUAACGUCGAUCAACAGCCAGAGAUUCCAUAUAGCUAUCAAUUACUGCAAUAACGUACAUAUUGAUGGCGUUAAGGUUUCCGCUGAUGCGAAUAGCCCUAACACCGAUGGGAUUCACAUCCAAUCAUCCCACUCAGUCCAUGUCACCAACUCAAAAAUCGGAACCGGUGACGAUUGCAUCUCCAUUGGUCCAGGUUCAAGUUACGUCAACAUACAAAACAUUCAAUGCGGUCCAGGUCACGGCAUCAGUAUUGGAAGUCUUGGGAGAGCAGCGGAAGAACUAGGAGUGGAGAACGUGACGGUGAGUAACGUGGAUAUCACGGGAGCGGAUAAUGGAGUUAGGAUCAAAACAUGGGGAAAAAACAGUAAGAGUUUUGCUAGAAACAUCGUUUUCCAACAUAUUCACAUGAAGAUGGUCAAGAACCCGAUCAUUAUCGACCAACACUAUUGUCUUGACAAACCUUGCCCUAACAAGGAAUCUGGAGUUAAAGUAUCAAAUGUGAGAUAUGAAGAUAUACACGGGACAUCGACUACGGAAGUGGCGGUUAUGUUGGAUUGUAGUAAGGAUGAGCCAUGUACUGGAAUUGAGAUGGCCGAUGUGAAUCUCGUCUUGGUUAAUCAACAGGCUCAGGCAUCUUGCGAUAAUGCACAUGGAUUUGCGAACGACGACGUCGUCCCUUUCACUCCUUGUCUAAAGAGAGCGGCAGUCUAA